AUUAUUUCUUUCUUCUCCUUUUUCCCUGUUUUUCUUUCUUUACUGUUCUACAUAAUAAUGUCCACUGUUCAAGUUCAUGAUGAAUGGAUAACUGCAUCCGAUGGUCAGAAACUUUUUACAAAGACAUGGAAACUUUCUUCCACUCCUAAAGCAAACCUCUUGAUUGUUCACGGUUUUGGUGAACAUUGUGCUCGAUAUGAUGCUGUUUGUAGAGUAUUAGCCGAGUCAGGUAUUCAAACCCAUGCUUUUGAUGAACGUGGUUGGGGUGAAACUGGCAAAAAAGAUCAAUCGUUUGGUAACAAUCAAGGGUAUAAAACUGCAUUGAAUGAUAUCAAUGAAGCCGUCCAUCGGACCAAACAAGCCAAUAUCCCAUUAUUUUUAUUAGGUCAUAGUAUGGGAGGAGGUUUGAUUUUGAAUUAUGUGGCUCGUAAGGAUGAAUUUGAUGGUGUAUCCAAACUCAAUGGCGUCAUUGCAUCUGCUCCCUUGGUGAUCUUGACCAAACCAGUCUCUCCUUUGAAAUAUUAUCCUUUGAAAUUGGCCUCUUAUAUUACUCCAAGUUUUGGUAUUCGUGCCGAUAUGGAUCCCUCUUUCAUGAGUCAUGAUCAAGAUGAAAUUGAAAAAUAUAAAAAUGAUCCCUUGAUCCAUGAUUAUGCUACCAUUGGCACUGUUGGUAGUUUUUUGGAUGCUGGCAAGAAUUUAUUGAAUAUUGGAUCUAAUAUCACACUACCUAUUUUGUUUUCACAUGGUGAUGAGGAUCCCGUCAAUUCUCAUGAAGCAACUCAACGUUUGUACCAUAUCACUUCAAGCACCGACAAGGAAUUCAAAUCUUGGGAAGGACUUUAUCAUGAAUUACACAAUGAACGGAAAGAAGAUCGAGAAAAAGUCAUUGAAUAUUAUGCAAACUGGAUCAACAAACAUCUAUAGGACCAUCAUUCUCGUUUUGUUUAUUUGAAUAGUUCUUUUUUUUUUUUUU